AUGGAUGUCAUGAGAAAUACUCAGAUCAUGCCGCUAGGUUUCUCAAUGGUCCGCCGGUAUGAAUUCUGGGCUACUCUUGUCCUUCUGUUGUUACUUUGUGGUCUUUCUGUCCUCUUCUCUCAGUUUAUCAGGCAGGCCCACUUUCCUGAUGGAGCACCACGGCCACUUGGAGAGGGCUAUCCUAUACUUGGUGCACUACGGUUCUUUUCAGAUCGGUACAACAUGUACUUCGAUGGCAUUUCUUUGUCUAGAACGGGCAGCUUUAGCUUUUAUUUUGGCAAACAUCAAAUUGUUGGAAUUUCGGGUCUCGAAGGCCGCAAGGUUUUCUUUCAGGACAAAGCGAUGGACUUAAGCCAGGGUUACACACUUCUCUUAGCUACAACUCCGUCUUUUAGAGCAUCACCCCGUCCUCCUGAUGAAUCACUCCAUUCAUCCAAAUGGUUUCGUCAUACUCUUGCCGGCAUGAUGUCAAAAGACAAUCUUGUCGCAAAUCUUCUGCCCAUGAUUAAAGACACUGACACUACUUUCAAGGAUGUAACUGACCCCAUUACUGACACUGGCAUUGUCAAUAUAUUUGAGGAGACCAGCCACAUUGUAUACCAGUCGACGAUGCGAGUCAUCGGUUUCAACAAGAUAGCCGACUCAGACGAGCUCUGUAGCACGACACUCAAGUUGUUCCAAUGUAUCGAAAACGGAACCUCCCCAUCGCGUAUCAUCUUCCCAUGGUUACCUACCCCAGCUUUUCUUCGACGACUCACUGCAGGCAUAAGAUUGUAUCGAAUUUUUAAACGACUUAUUCAGGUUGACGAAGAUACUGAUCAAAGGAUUGACGAUACGUCUCAGUCACUCGCGAGAAGUGGAAGUCCUAUUGAAGAGAUUAUUGGUUUUGUACUUGGUACAUUAUUUGCAAGUCAAGUCAAUACUCCUAUUUGUGCUGCUUGGCUGCUAGUCUAUCUAGCCACAAAUCCACACUGGUUAAAUCUAGUGCGUGCUGAGAUCGACUCUGUACUAAAAAAGCAUGGAGAUCUAGACGAGACACCUCAUGAAACAUUUGGCCGCCUGCAUAUUGACGUGUGGGAGUCCGAGUUUCCUCUGAUAGAGCUAUGUUUGCGUGAGUGUAUCAGGCUUCACCUUGCUGGGUCAGCAUUUCGCAGAAAUAUUAGUGGCCAAACUGUGCCGAUUGGUAGUACUGGAGAGGUCAUACCGAAAGAUGCCUAUCUUUUUUACCUCGUUGAUGAAGUUCAUUUCAACCCAGAUAUUUACCCCAAUCCAAACCUGUGGGAUCCUGGUAGAUAUCUCCCAGGUGCGCCUAGAAGCAACAAUAUUCCACUCAGUUAUCUUGGUUGGGGAGCCGGCCGGCAUCCAUGCGUGGGCAUGAGACUUGCCAAGCUCAAUGUGACGGUUAUCAUAACCAGUUUUGUUUCUAUGUUCAGGUUUACCCUGUGCAAUGACCGAGGAGAGCCUGUUACUGAGCCACCGAUCCCAGACCGCAAUUUACAUAGUCCGCGUAAACCAUCUGUUCCUCUCAAGUUGAAGGUCAAACGCAUGUAA